AGCUCGUGUUAAGUUUGCUCUCCAGUGAAAGGGAACAAACUUGCUAAUGUACAGAAAUAAGAUGGGUGACAGUGGGAGACAGCCAAAAUAGCCUCAUCCUUCAUUGGUGUCCCUUUAUCAUUAUCAACGGCAAUGUUAUUUUUCACAAAAUAACCGAACAGCAGCAGCAGCAGCAGCAGCUCCCCUCCCCCCGGAUUUCAGUCCCUGGCUCCUCCUCCUGGAUCGACACUACGGGAGCUCCGGAGAGCUACCUAGCAGCAGGCUGGAGCGGCGUCUGCUUCCGUCGGCUAGCAGCCAACAGCAGCUGCUUCCACUUGUCCUCCUUUCCAUCACUGAGCUUUUGUGACAGUUUGUCCAACAAAUUGAACGCACUGCUUCGAGUGGGCGCUCCUUUGAUGUCGACCUUAACAAGCUAGCUACACGGCUCUCAUCGUCUACAAACUCUUGUGUUUUUUUCGCCUCCUGGCCGGAUAAAACUCUUGACGUCUAUUGUCGCUUUUGCGACUAGUGUCCCUUCGCGUGAGCGUGUAGUUUCAACCAACUUGCGGGAAUUGGUGUUGUUUUUCUGGACUAUGUAGGUCAGUCUCGCCGACCGAUGCGAGGAUGUGGGUCAUCGCAACUUAGCCUCGUUGCCAUCCCCGAUAGCUGCUCAGCAACAUCGCCAACUGUUAUCAUUUUUCUAUACGAUAUAUUGUUGGCUAAAAUUAAACCCAGCUAAGUGUUAGCCCCUUUGCAACACCGCUAACUCAUCUAUUUUUUUUUUUACGGCUAGCUGUUAGCUCCUUGGCAACACAGCUACCUGCUAACUCAUAGGUACGCGUUAGCUCCAACACGAUAACAUCACAUUUAUUUUUAAAUGUUACUCGCUAAAAAUACUUUUUCCUACUUUGGACCGCGGCACUCUUUAGUAUUAGUAGGUUAACAUUUAACUCUCUUCAUUCCGAAGCGUCCGUCGAAAAAAAGUAUUUAUUUUAGUUAUCGCAAACGCACUUUGAACUUUUUUUGUGUGUUUAAAUGUAUGCCGUGUCCACGGCGGCGCCUUAGCUGAGGCCGCGGGUCAUGUGAAGCUCAGAUCCGCGGCGACUCCGCGUCUAGUCGGCCUACAGGAGGACCGCAGGGCUCCGAGAAUGGCCUUUCACGGCGCGGGGCGCCAGACGCUUUGCAGCGACCUGUUCUCCGGUUCUGACUUGGCCCAUAAGUACUUCUACGUGAACUCGUCGUGCGCAGCCCCUUCUGCCGCCCUUAGCGCUACUCCAUGCGUCAGUGGGCCUCCCGCUGUGCCUGCUGCCGGGACCCCCAGGCACCCCACCACCCUGGGAGGCAGCGCAGGCGGGGGAGCCGCCGUGCCGCAGCCGUACAGCAACCCUGCCAGCGAGGUGCCCAGCCCGGCCGAAAUGGAGCCCGACAGGCCCAUUGGUUACGGAGCCUUUGGCGUGGUCUGGUCAGUGACAGACCCUCGUGAUGGCCGCAAGGUAGCGCUGAAGAAGAUGCCCAACGUCUUCCAGAACCUGGUGUCAUGCAAGCGCGUCUUCCGAGAGCUACGCAUGCUGUGCUUCUUCAAACACGACAACGUCUUGUCGGCAUUGGACAUUUUACAGCCCCCGCAGAUCGAUUGUUUUGAGGAGAUAUAUGUGAUCACCGAGCUGAUGCAGAGUGACCUUCACAAGGUCAUUGUGUCUCCUCAGCCACUCACCACUGACCACAUCAAGGUCUUCCUCUAUCAGAUCCUGCGAGGCCUCAAGUACCUCCACUCUGCCGGGAUCCUGCACCGUGACAUCAAACCUGGCAACCUUCUGGUCAACAGCAACUGCCUGCUCAAGAUUUGUGACUUUGGACUGGCCCGCGUGGAGGAGCCAGACCCGUCUCGUCACAUGACCCAGGAGGUGGUGACUCAGUACUAUCGUGCACCCGAAGUGCUGAUGGGCUGCCGCCACUAUGGCUCGGCCAUCGAUGUUUGGUCGGUGGGCUGCAUAUUUGCUGAGCUGCUGGGACGCCGCAUCCUCUUCCAGGCCCAGAGUCCCAUCCAGCAGCUGGACCUGAUCACGGACCUGCUGGGAACACCGCCGCUGUCUGCCCUGGCUUCUGCCUGCGAGGGCGCCCGGGCUCACAUCCUGCGCGGGCCGCACAAACCCCCCUCGUUGUCAGUGUUGUACAUGUUAUCGGAUGGCGCAACUCACGAGGCGGUGCACCUACUGUGUCGUAUGCUGGUUUUUGAUCCGGCCAAGCGCAUCUCAGGCAGCGACGCGCUGUCACACCCGUACCUGGAUGAAGGCCGCCUGCGGUACCACACGUGCAUGUGCCAGUGCUGCUACUCGGUACCCAGCGGGCGCGUCUACACCAGAGACUUUGAGCCGGCUGCCGAGCGUCCCUUUAGCCACAGCUAUGAGAAUAGCCUGCUGUCGGUGUGGCAGGGCAAAGAGCUGAUCCAUCGCUUCAUCACGGAGCACCAGCAAGGCAAGCGAGUCCCGCUGUGCAUCAACCCUCAGAGCGCCGCCUUCAAGACCUUCAUCAGGUCGACUGCCUGGCACUCAUCCAAGGUUUCCCGCAAGGAGGAGAGAUGAGCGUCCUUUCCCUCUUCCUCCUCCUCCUCCCUUUCUGGCCACCUCAACCAACCUUGACGUCCGCUUUAUCCCGCACGCAUACAAAAAAGCGUGUGGUGGCGACAGGCUCCACCUCAGUGAAAGGGGCGCCACAGGUGCUGAUGAUGGAAAGAAAAAAAAAUCUGCUGCUGCUCAAAAGGAAAAAAAAAGGUUUAGUGAGUAGAAAUGGUGAUUUUUGUUUGCUUUAGCAUUCCACACGCUCCCAUGUAGCAGAGUGUAGUGUCGUGCCCCCUCCUGGUGUCCACACACUCCUCACACCUACUCGGCAGCAGAGCAUGGUGUGAAAUCUUUCAACUUCAUUCUUUCCUCGUCUUUUAUUUUUACGACAGGAAGCGCGGUGUGUGGUAACUCAACAUGUAUGUAUGUGUUUGUGUGUUUGUAUAAGUUAUUUGUAAGACUGGGCCCCAAUGGUGUCGAACGCCACCUUUAGUGAUGCUCUGCCCACACCUGCCACUUCCAUGGCAUUCCUCCUCCCCCACUUGUCCUAUUGCUAGUUUUCCUUCUCCAGCCACUUCCUGCAAGUAUGGCAAGCCGUAUUAGCAUUUAUUUCUUAUAUUUGAUAUCCAUCUUAAGGUUUACAUACUAGUACACUCUUGUGUUCUCUAGGAAGAAAAUUCAGGGCACUGUUAGGCCCACUGUUUUACUUGUUUUUUUUUCUUGUUUUUUUUCUCCAUUGCUAGUGCCAGAUUUGGCCUACUAAUAUAAUUUUAAGCCUCAAUACUGAUGACAAUUGAGCAUUUAUUUCAUGACAAAUAUUUCCAGCUGAAGGGCUAUUGACUAGUUCACUCUUGGUCACGAGUGGGACAAUUUUGGCUUGCUAAUAUGAAAAUUGCAUGUGAUUGGAGGCAAAACUGUAUUCAUUACCAACUGCAUGGGACUAGCAUUACUAAUGAAAUGCUCAAUGUUGAAGAGUAGAGCAAGACUAAUUCACUACUUUGACGAUUUUAGCCCUAUUAAAAAUAUUAUCUGCUAUAGUUUGAGUAAUUAAUUAAUUGAUUAAUUUGAUUAUUUUCUUUCUACAGUUUUCCACCGCAAAAACAUAUUCAGACUUUGGCAAUUACUCUUAAUACAUCCAUCUAUCCAACCAGCCAUCCCUUUUCUACUGCUUCUCGGGGUCAGGUCAUCGGGGAAGUGGCUUCAGCAGGCAUACCCAGACUUCCCUUUCCCCGGCCACUCCUUCCAGCUCUUCCUGAGGGAUCCCCAGGCGUUCCCAAGCCAGCCGACAGUGGAACAGGGUCGUCCCCGGGGUCUCUUUCCGGUGGGACUUGCCCGGAACACCUCAGUAGGGAGGUGUCCGGGAGGCAUCAGAAUCAGAUGCCCCAGCCACCUCAUCUGGCUCUCUAUAUGCGGAGGAGCAGCGGCUCUCCCAAGCUUCUCACCCCAUCUCUUACGGAGAGCCCGGUUACCAUGCGGAACAUAGGAACAUAGAUUGGUGAAUUGAGAGCUUUGCUUUCGACUUAGCUCCCUCUUCACCAUAACGGAACAAUACAAAGUCUGCAUCACUGCAGACGCUGCUUUGAUACGUCCCUCCCACCUCUGAAAGAACGUUCAAAAGGGAGGCGUGGGACAUUGAGUCCGAGUGGACAAUGUUCCGCUCUCCACCAGAGCUGUGGCCGUAAGGUGGUCGGUGCCUGUCGUGGCGGCAACCCCCGAACAGGUUGGUGGACACCCACCACUGAGGUAUUCUGUCAAGCUGAAGAAGAACUUCUAUCGGGUGUUUUUGGCCUGUGGGACUCCUGAGGCAGCUGAUAGGUACCGGCUGGCCUAGCGGAAUGCAGCUUCGGUGGUCACCGAGGCAAAAACCCAGGUGUGGGAGGAGUUUGGUAAGGCCAUGGAGAAUGACUUUAAGAAGGAAAUUAUGGUCCAUCGUCCAGUCUCUCAGGUGGGGGAAGUUGUGCACCGUCAACACUGUGUAUAGUGGGGAUGGGGCACUGCUGACCUCAACUCGAGAUGUGAGUCUGUUUCAGGCUUUUUAGUCAUGCUAGCAGUUUUUCCUGGUAUUUUUAUAUAGUUUUGCACUCUAUGUUCACGUUAUGGUCAGCUGAAAGUCAUCACAUGACACUGGAGGACAUUUGCUUAAAAAAAUAAUUGCCAAUGUUUUUUUUAUAUAAAAAAUGACUGAUAGGGAUUAUGGUUUUAUUUAUUUUUUGAAAAUUGUGGUUUUACUCUUCUAUCUGCUGCCAGGUUUUCAUUCAAAUUACAUUAAAUCUUUUCUGGAUAAAGUAAUUCACCUGACUGUUACUAGUUGGACAAAGAGUGUACAAGUACAUGGAAGUUAAGAUGGAUAUCAAGUCUGUGAAAAAAAUUCUCAAACAUCUUAACAUAUGCAAGAAAAUGCCAUCGUGGCUCUUAUUCCUGUUAUGAUGUCAUCGCUCGGCUGUGAAAACGCCACAAAGCAGGCGAGAGUUUUGCGACCUUUCCGGAAAGUUCUAGAAUGUUCCGUUUGCUUGUCCACACAGACUCAAGCGGGUUAGAAAGAUACUAUUAAGGAAUUUUUUUGUCAAGCUUUUUGACCCGCAAAUGGUACAACGGGUCCUCGGCGGUGACUUUGAGGACACCCGUUUUAAGUCGCUGCUUCCAUGGUUCCUUCAUCACUGCAGGAACUUUUGCCAGGAAUCUUCUGGGAUCUCAGGAAGUUUGACCGCCCGCUGAAGCAGUGCCAAUGUGUCACCUUCCCGUCGCUCCUCCCUUCCUGUUUUUUUUUUUUUUAGCCCAACGUCCUUCCCCCCUUGGCAAGCGUGACCUUUGGGUGAUACGUUCACCUGGAAGUUUAUUGUGCACUCACUGACUUGCUUGAACUUUGAAGCAAGUGGACACAAGCAGAAGGUUAUUGAACGUCCUGACAAAGGUUUUCUCUUUUCUCUUCCCACUUUGGUGAAAUUGAACCACUGGAAACAAUUUUUCCCCUCCCUGGCCACAAAGUCAAUUUAUUAGGAACCGUGUGCAUAAGACUCAGAGAAUAUUGCUGCCAUUCCAAAUGAUGUGAGAGUGUCAGGUUAUGUUUAAAAAACAAAAAAAAAAUUAAUAGCUCCUUUUUUCAGAGCCCAAUACAUGACAGAACAAAAUAAUAAUGAUGGCCAAACUUGUGCAUUGAAUUAAUUGUGGCCACAAAAUGGUAUAGUAAGUUUAGUGAACAUGCUGAAUAAAGAAAUGCAUAUAAAAACAUCAAACAUGGAUGCCGUAAUCCAUGAAAUUCAGUUAAUUCAUCCAGUGAAUUCAGUCUUUAGCAUCAAAAGAAACUGAAUAGAUAUUGUUUAAAACAAAACUCAUUUAAUCCUAUCCCAAGAAUUUCACACAAUUAUAAACAAAAGUGUAGUUUCACACAGUUUUCUGUCAUUAUAUAACGUGCGCUCAAAAUACUAUUUUGUGGCCACGAAAUUUGUAUGUGUGUGUGUGAAAUACCAAAAUUUGCCCAGAAUAUACUAAUUUGUGACCAUGAAAUACAAGCAUCUGGCCACAGGAAACUUAUGACUACAAUAUGCACAAAAAAUACAUUUGUCCCACAAUAUGUUUUUUUUUUUCUUUAACCAUGCAACAUGUAUGUGGACAAAAUACUAAUGUGUGACCAUUAUACUAAACUUGGGCCACAAAAAUGAUUUGCGCCCACAAAAAAAAAAAAAAAAAAAAAACAAACAGCGACCAAUCGUGGAACUAAUAUACUUGGAUGAAAAGGGGCAUUUUGAGUUCCAGCCGGACACUAUUUUCUAUUGGAAGUUUCAUUGUACUAAUUUUGUAGCCCCCCAAAAAAUGUUUCCACAUGAAAUAUUAAUUUAUGAACAUGAAAUACCACGAAUAGUUAAUACAUGUUCACUCUGCUUCCCAUGAGCAGCUUGGACGUUUGGUAAGCAAAGGGCAUGCACCUCAAAAUUAUUUAUCACAUUAUACUUCAUCCAUUUCCAAUGCACACAGUAUUUUUUUUCCCCCAAGUAUAUAUAAAAAAAAUAUUGUUGCAUAGUUGGAGCCGUUCUAGUACAACGGACAGAAAACUUUUGAGACAAAAAAAAAAAAAACAACUCACUGACAAAAGGUUACCAUACCAGUAAUGUAUUGCCGGUACAAUCGCCCCCUUUACAUAUGUGCAAAAAACAAUACUAAUUUGUGACCACGACACACUAAAUUGUGGCUACAUAUUAGCAUUUUUGUGUGCAUGUUAUAUUUUGUGGCCACAAUUUAAUUCUGCCCCCAACCGUGUUUGCGGCUGUGUACCUUUUGAAGUAAUUAAGUGUAUUUUUAGGUGGUUAGUGUUAGUUUGUUGACAGAAGGCAAAGCGACUCACUAAGGAACAUCGUGGAACUUCUUUUCGCUUUCCCGGUCCCCGAUGGAUCGCCUCCCUCGGCCAACUCCCACGUUCCUCCUUUAGCGAUUAGCCUGGUUUGCUGGUAUUAAUUCAAUAUGAUGCUCUGUUUGAAAAUGUGUUAUAGCUGACUUGUUUUUCUCGUUUUGACAAAUACUUGAAGUUAUCGUAGAGAGUGAUGAUCAAUAAAAAUGACACUGGAAUAUGA